AUGUACGACCUAGGACGGUCUUUGGUGUAUAUCCCCGUUCAAAAACAGAAUUCUUACACAGACAGUGGUAAUACGAUCGAUCCAGUACUAAUUAAUUCCGCAGACAUUCCCUUUGGAAAUUUUUCCGUGUUGAACUGGAGGCAGGGUAAAGAGGAAAGGCUUGACGGAAGACUACUGAAUCUCAAAAUUGCGAUGACUCUUCAGAGUGACGAUGGGACCUCAAAGAGAUCCCCUAGUGAAUUGAUUUCCGGUUACAUGAUCUGGUUCAAAGAUUCCCAAGAAUACAUUGAUAAGCGGUGGUAA